AUUUUUCCUGUUAUGGUACUUCCUAAGUUGUAUGAAUAUUGGUGGUAUGGGCCCCCAUCGCCAAGUGCUCAUCUCAAUAAUUACCAUGGUGAUGAUCAUGGAUGUUUCCAGGAAAACAAGCUACAUCUGCAGAAACACAUCUCCUUGGAGUUUCUAAAGCUGCAUCAGUUCCUGCACAAUAAAGAAAAGGACAUUUUAAAUGAGCUCCAAGAGGAAGGGAAAGCCUUGAAUGAGGAGAUGGAGCUGAAUCUGAACCAGCUUCAGGACCAGUGUCUUCUAGCCAAGGAGAUGUUGGCGAGCAUCCAGACAUGGAUGGAACAGCAGAACUCCUUCGACUUUCUCAAGGAUAUCACACCUUUCUUGGAUAGCUUGGAGCAAGGAAUGAAGGUGCUGACACCCAGAGAACUUAUCUCCAGAAAGCUGAGCCCAGGCCUGUACAAAGGUCCCAUUCAGUACAUGAUGUGGAGGGAAAUGCAGUCCACUCUCUCUCCAGGCCUAUCUCUAUUAACUCUGGACCCUAAAACAGCUCACCCAAAUCUGGUGCUCUCCAAAAACAGAACCAGUGUAUGGCAUGGUGACAUUAAGCAGGAAAUGCCUGAUGAUCCACAGAGGUUUGACUCAAGCGUGGCUGUGCUGGGCUCAAAAGGCUUCUCAUCUGGAAAGUGGUAUUGGGAAGUAGAAGUAGCAAAGAAAACAAAAUGGACAGUUGGAGUUGUCAGAGAAUCCAUCAUCCGGAAAGGCAGCUGUCCCCUAAAUCCUGAACAAGGAUUUUGGAUUUUAAGACUAAGGAAUCAAACUGAUCUAAAGGCUCUGGAUUUGCCUUCUUGCAGUCUAAAAUUGACUAACAAUCUCAACAAGGUUGGCAUAUACCUGGAUUAUGAAGGAGGGCAGGUGUCCUUCUACAAUGCUAACACCAUGACCCACAUUUACACCUUCAGUAGCACUUUCACGGAGAAACUUUAUCCCUAUUUCUGCCCUUGCCUUAAUGAUGGUGGAGAUAAUAAAGAACCCUUGCAUAUAUUACAUCCACAAUAAUUAAUCAUACUAUUGUGUAAAAUCAGAGUGUUA